AUGCCCUCGCGCGCGCCGUUGAAGGAUUACGUACUUCACCAUCUAUCCGAGUGUUGUCACUGCCUCCUUUGGGGUCUCACCCUAUUGUCUACGCAUCCACGUCUGGUUCAACAGUGGGACUGGCUUGACAGGGAUGGUCAGCAUCUUAACGGCUUGCUCCUCUUGUCUCGCGCCGGAACCUCUUUCCUAAAAGCGGUGCCCAACCUCAUUAUUUUUGACUUUGCUAUCGCCCUAGGGGUGAUACCCGCCUGCGUGUUGAUCGGUGCAGUUCACUUUGUCUCUAUGUUUAUGCAACUGUUGCGUCUUCUCGUAGGCCUUCACGGCAUUGCGUGA